GUCCAACUCUCCCCGCCCAUCUUGCCAGCCCAGCCGCCAAGAUGAGCUUCAUACAAAAGCGCGGUCUCUCGACCCUGAUUCCUCCUAAGGUUGCUUCCCCGAAUGCUAUCGGCGCAUCCCCGAAUGCUGUCCGCAUGCACAAGGUCGUGAACUUCUACGAGAAGCUACCCCGAGGACCCGCCCCCGAGCCGAAGCCGAAGGGCCUGUUGCAGCGAUACCAGCAUCGAUACUUCGGCAACAGGGUGUCUGCCAUGCCCCUCGUCCAUGCAAUUGCUGCCCUCGCUCUCCUCGGCUACGCACAAAACUACUACUUCCAUCUUCGUCAUCACAAGAACAAUGCCCAUUAAGCGGACCGCGACUCUCACCUACGGCAACGGUAAGCAGAAAGGGCACCGUGUGUACAUAUAGAAUGUAGUAGAUUUCAAUGGAGAGUUCUGGCCAAUUGCUCUCAUCACACAAACCCGGAGAAGUUCUCAUGGACCGCAAGAUUCAUGGUAAUGGCGAUAUGUCUCAUAGGAAGCAAACCUGUGGGUCAUGUCGUGCAUUACAAUCCUUCACCAUCAGGAGGCCCACUAGGGCCGUGGUAGUUUUUGUUAGUGAGGAAGUUCCGCAUGCUCCAGCGAUUAUGACAGUAGAAAGUACAGCAUACUAUCC